AUGACUAUCAUCGUCGCUUCUUUGUUCUUACCAUACACGCCUCAGUUCGAGGCCGAUGUCACGAAUUCAGACACCGCCAAGCUGGUUGAAUCAAGCAUGAUCAAGGUGGACUGCAACAAUCAGGAAUUGGGGAAACAAGAAAGAAGCAGCUCUGUGACUUCGGCGAACUCUCAUCAUAUCGGUUUGCCCCAAGAGCCUCAGAUCAAUGGUGAUCCUUUGUCUAGGAUCACGGCAACCACACCGGCCACGGCGGCCAACUUCCACAAUGGCAUGGAAAUGCUAUCCUCUGAGCAAUUUUUGGAAGAAUUGACUGCCAAUGCCACCCAUGCGGCCAAUUCCGGUAACCCUCAGUCCAACCCAGUGAGUUCUGCUUCUGCUGCCCUACAGCCUUCAGUGGAAGAGUUUUUCUCAGCUCCUAGUGCCAGAGUCUGUUCUCCCCCACAAGAAGCGUCUGCCUCUUCUUCCAACGCUCCAUCAUCUCACCAUAACGACUUGAGCUCUAGCCUUUUGAAAAAUGCUAAUUUAUCAUUUGACGCUUGUUCUCCUAGGACUAGAAGCUCAUCCAAGAGUGCCGUGAUUACCCCGGUUUCCAAGAGCGUCCCAGGCGUGGACCCUGCCGUUGUCGAUGUGGCCAAAGUUAGAGAGGAGUUUCAACAGCAAGCCUCCUUGCCCUCCAUGAAAAGAGUUUCUGGUGGUACUACUGGCGAUUCUUCUAGCGCUACUGCGUCCACAGGUUCCAAUUUAAGAUAUUGUGAGCAGUUCCACGAUAACUUUAUUGAAGACACUGAUAGUGAAGACGAUAUCGAUUCUGAUUUGGAGACUGAUGCUACCAAAGAAUACAAUGUCCCUAAAUUCGGUGGCUAUUCAAAUAACGCGAAAUUAAGAGCAUCUCUAAUGAGGAAUUCGUAUGAGCUGUUUAAACAUUUACCAUGGACAAUAGUCGAUAGCGACAAAGGUAACGGAUCCUUGAAAAAUGCAGUUAAUAUUGCAGUCGCUGAAAAGACCGUGAAAGAACCUGUUUCUUGGGUAGGUACGAUGGGUAUCCCCACCGAUGAACUUCCUCACGAAGUGUGCCAGAAGAUUACAAAGAAGUUGGAACACGACUUCAAUUCUCAUUCAGUGGUCACUGAUGAUAUCACUUUCAAAGGGGCUUAUAAAAACUAUGCCAAGCAAAUCUUGUGGCCUACUCUACAUUACCAAAUUCCGGAUAAUCCAAAUUCGAAGGCUUUCGAAGACCAUUCCUGGGACUACUAUCAGAAAGUCAACCAGAAGUUUGCUGAUAAGAUUGUUGCUGUUUACAGACCAGGUGACACUAUCUGGAUCCAUGAUUACCAUCUGAUGCUUGUUCCGCAAAUGGUAAGAGAGAAACUACCCAAGGCUAAGAUUGGGUUUUUCUUACACGUUUCGUUCCCAAGUAGUGAGGUCUUUAGGUGCCUUGCUAACAGAGAAAAAAUCCUUGAAGGUAUCAUUGGUGCAAACUUUGUUGGAUUCCAAACUAAAGAAUAUAAGAGACAUUUCCUGCAAACUUGUAAUAGGUUACUGGCCGCAGACGUCUCUAAUGACGAGGUUAAGUACCAUUGCAAUAUUGUUUCCGUGAUGUACGCGCCAAUCGGUAUUGAUUAUUUCCAUUUGGCAUCGCAAUUGAGAAAUGAGUCUGUGUUGGAAUGGCGUCAAUUGAUUAAAGAAAGAUGGCAUGACAAAAAACUGAUUGUUUGUCGUGAUCAAUUUGAUAGAAUCAGAGGUCUCCAAAAGAAAAUGUUAGCUUACGAAAGGUUUCUGAAAGAAAAUCCUGAAUACAUCGAAAAAGUUGUUUUGAUUCAAAUCUGUAUCGGGAAGAGCUCAGAUCCUGAAUAUGAGCGUCAAAUCAUGGUUGUCGUUGAUAGAAUCAACUCUCUGUCUUCUAAUAUUAGUAUUUCUCAACCAGUGGUCUUUUUACAUCAAGAAUUGGAUUUUGCCCAGUAUUUGGCAUUGAAUUGUGAAGCUGACGCUUUCUUAGUGAACGCCUUAAGAGAAGGUAUGAAUUUGACAUGUCACGAAUUUAUCGUUAGUUCAUUUGAAAAGAACGCGCCUUUGCUUUUAUCUGAAUUCACCGGUAGUUCUUCCGUCUUAAAGGAAGGUGCUAUCUUAAUCAACCCGUGGGAUAUAAAUCUUGUAGCACAGAGUAUCAAAAGAAGUUUGGAAAUGUCCCCUGAAGAGAAGAGACGUAGAUGGAAGAAGUUAUUUAAAAGUGUGAUUGAACAUGAUUCCGAUAAUUGGAUCACUAAAUGUUGCGAGUACGUGAGUAACGCUUGGGAAUCCAACCAAGAAACAUCAACUGUUUUUAACUUAGCUCCAGAAAAAUUCUGUUCUGAUUACAGAGCUUCUAAAAAGCACUUGUUCAUCUUCAAAAUUUCAGAGCCCCCAACAUCAAGAAUAUUAUCUUUAUUAAGUGAAUUAAGCUCUAACAACAUUGUUUAUGUUUUGAGUUCCUUUACCAAGAAUACAUCUGAAGGUUUAUACAAUGGUGUUCUAAACAUCGGUUUAAUAGCUGAAAAUGGUGCCUAUGUUAGAGUUAAUGGGUCGUGGUACAAUAUUGUAGAAGAGCUCGACUGGAUGCAAGAAGUAGCCAAGAUCUUUGACGAAAAAGUAGAAAGAUUACCUGGCUCCUAUUACAAGAUUGCCGAUUCUAUGAUCAGAUUCCAUACAGAAAAUGCAGAAGAUCAAGACCGUGUCCCAACCGUCAUCGGUGAAGCUAUCACACACAUUAACACUUUAUUCGAUGAUAAGGAUAUCCACGCUUAUGUGCAUAAGAAUAUUGUCUUUGUUCAACAAACGGGGUUGGCCUUAGCCGCUGCUGAAUUUUUGAUGAAAUUCUACAAUAGUGGCGUCAAUACCACCGACAAUAGCAGAAUCUCUCUAUCAAGGACAAAUUCUUCAAUGAGUUUCAGGAGCAACAAAAAACAUUUACAAAACCACGUGGAUUUUGUUUGUAUUUCUGGUUCAACAUCACCUAUCAUUGAGCCAUUGUUCAAGUUGGUCAAGCAAGAAGUUGAGAAAAACAACCUAAAAUUCGGCUACACCAUCCUUUAUGGUAGCUCCAGAUCUACAUAUGCCAAAGAGCACAUUAACGGUGUCAACGAACUUUUCACAAUUCUUCACGAUAUGACAGCAGCUUGA